AUAGCAAGCAUGAGUGCACGACUAUCAACAGCUUAAUUAAUUAUUGUUUCUUUACACAAACAGCAUAGUAUGCACAUUUUACAUAUUAUAUUUUGCUGGAAAUUCUCGUGUGUACCUGAACGUGCAGAAACAACAAUGACUUGCAAUGCAUGCUUAAACACUAUAUAUAUACAGAUGAACUUAUUCAUUUUCUCUUGUUGUCUUGUUCUUGCUUCGGCAUCUAUCAACUACAACCCUGACUGUGAAAAUGCGAUUAGAAGUAUCGGUCUACCAAGAGUUUGGAGAAAAGAAGAUGAAAGCUUUCCGUUGAUAUACCUAAAUUCUAUAGUCACAGAGAUGAAAAUCCAAACAGAGGACAAGGAUUCAGAGACUAAUUAUAAUUUACUGAGUAUACCUCUGCUGUCCUGCUUACAUCAAGACUCACCACAGUUGGUUCAAAUUAUUAGAGAACAAUUUCUUCACAAAAAUGAGGAGAAUAAACCCUAUAAUCUUUCUGACACAGUUGAACAAGUUUUAAAUAACUUGUGGACUUUUGCUUCAGAAACAUUGAAGGAAGUUGUUAAAGUGAAACCAUUUUCAAGGAAACCAGUUUCAACUCCCAAUGAAGUUGAUGAUCUUGUUUUUGAUGGAAAAAAGAAAGGUGGAUUUUUCAUCGAAGCUGGAGCUAAUAAUUUCGAGUCGGAUUCAGAUUCUCUUCACUUCGAAUUAAACCAUGGUUGGACGGGUCUAUUGGUGGAACCACAUCCCUCUUAUUAUGAAAAAGGAAUGAGCAAGAAUAGAAGAGUGACAAGUGUAAACACCUGCCUCUCCCCAAUAGACCGAGUUGCCUCAAUUCCUUUCAACAUCAACUAUGCUGGAUUAGAUUUGAUGGGAAAUAAACUGGGAGACAACUCAAGUGAACCUAUUCUACAGUGUAUUCCAUUAUAUUCACUUCUACUCGCACUUGGGAAUCCUACUGUUAACUAUUUUAGUUUAGAUAUAGAGGGAGGAGAGUUUCAGGUUCUAAAAACUAUACCUUGGGACUUGGUGGAUAUUCAAGUUUUAAGCAUAGAAACUCAUUUUGCAGGAGAACGUAGUAAGGGCUCAAGAGAGGAUAUAAUCUCGUACAUGAAGGAUGUUGGAUAUCAAUAUAUAUCCUGGGGCCACGAGAUUUACGGAUAUGUCACGUUUCUUGAAAGUGGGAAAACUAUAGCCAUCAUAAACGACAUGUUUGUAAAGAAUGGAAUCCCUGUCAAAAAAGAAAAAAAGAAAAAUUUAUUGUGAUUUGUGACUUUUUUAUUUCAAAAUUGUGUUGUCUAUAUUCAUUUUCUGGAAAUUAAAAACAAUUUGAAGUGUUCUGUGCUGUAAUUUAAUUUAUUGAUGGAAAUAAAAUACUAAUAUAAAAAAUUCGUCUGUGAAAUAAGAAUUAUAGUGGUAUGUCCUAUUCACAAAGGUACCCAAUUAAGAGCAUUGUCUGCAUAUGAAUGAAUGAUUUUUUUUUUAAAUUGGUUAUUUUCAAUAUUUUCAAUUGUUAAACAAUUUCAUUUUUGAAGACGAUCCUUUCUGAAGCCUUAGAAAGCUGGUAAGGCACAGUGGACCGCGUAAUAUUUUCAAGACAGAUAAAUGUAGGAUACACGUUCGUGCCCCCCCCCCUUCCCCCGUCUACUGGAGAGGGGGCUUCAGUUGGCUGUUGGAGUAGAACUGCCGUGCUAUAAAAGGUCGCCCAACUCCUUCAUGAACCAGCCACAGAUCCCAGCCCUUUCA